AUGAGGCUACCAACAAGAAAGGACUCUAUUGCUUUAUUUCAACCAUUUAGCAGGAAACAGGAGGAGGAGGAGGAGGAGGAGGAGGAGGAAGAGAUGCGCGUCAAGUCCAGACACACACAUCAAGUGUCAGACGCAGAGCCAGGACCCAGUUGUAUCAUGCAAGAGACUGAUGCUCUCAAUGUGGAAAACACAGUGCUUUCACCUCUGCGGGAUCGCCCACAGACCUCUGCAUCAGCAAAGGCUAACGAAACUGCUCUUGCAGUAAGAAGUGAUAAGGGUGGGGAUGUGGCCAGCAAUAUCCCACCUAAAAGGCACGCACCUGGACAGAGGAAACAAGAGUCAAAUGUCAUCGUUUUAUCAUCCUCUGAUCCAGAGCCAGAUUCUGAGUCCUCGGGGGCUAAGAAAGCUAAGAAGGAAAAGUCCCAUCCAAAAAAGGCCAAAAAAAUGGGCAAGAAGCUAAGAGCUCUUGCAGUAAGAAGUGAUAAGGGUGGGGAUGUGGCCAGCAAUAUCCCACCUAAAAGACAGGCACCUGGACAGAGGAAACAAGAGUCAAAUGUAAUCGUUUUAUCAUCAUCUGAUUCAGAGCCAGAUUCUGAGUCCUUGGGGGCUAAGAAAGCUAAGAAGAAAAAGUCCCAUCCAAAAAAAGGCCAAAAAAAUGGGCAAGAAGCUAAGAGUCAAAACCCCUGACGGCUCCAUCCCCCGCUACAACAUGGUGUUGGAGAAGAUUGAAAAGGAUCACGUCAGCAAAGCUGAAGCUUAUACAAGGCUUGGGGUAGGUCAAAAUACCAUCGAGUCGCAGGCUCCGAUUGCCGAACUUGCAGCCACUGACCGCAUGUUGAGCUCCACUUUUAAAAGAAAGGACAGCCUGAAAGGGUUUGCUGAAACUUGCAGGGGUUUUUGUGAGCAGGAACCUACAGCUUCAGCUAUCCUAAAGAAAAAAGACGACAGAUCCUUACUGGAUGAUUACAAGAGCUAAUCUAUGUUCUGUAUGCCAUGUGUUUGUGCCAUUUAUUUAUUUGUUUAUUAUAUUUUUGUUCAGCAUUAAAUAUUUUAUGAGGAGUUGACGUGAGUAGCUUGAAGGUGGCUCCUUACCACAUACUAAGCUGUUGUGUUCUGUUGUUGCCUUUUUUCAUCUUUUUUUUUUCUUUCUAAAAGUUCAUGGUAUACGUACUGAAUUUCUUCUCAGCUCUUUCCAGGCGUUGAUGUUGAUUUUACUGGGACAGGAACUGGGUUAACUGGGUUACUGUUUAAGA